AUGACCACAGGCCGACGGCUCUGGCUCCGACCUGGCAAACGAUAUCUCUUCGGCCGGACUGCGUCGGAACACGCAGCUGGACAGCUUGCGAUCUCCCACAAGACCAUCUCACGCAAACACCUGACGAUUGAGGUCGGCGCCGUGCCCGAUGGCAAUAGCCAAGACCUAUCGAGCCGAUCGGCAGUCACAAUCGAGGACUUGGGCACCAAGACCGGGACGACCGUGGACGGACACAAAUACAAGGGCGAAAAGCGUGUCGUCACCGAACAUGCGGUCGAGAUAAAAAUGGGCGGCUGCCCUGACAUGUUCCGCCGAGAACUGCAAGCCGACCCCUUCUCACGAUUGCGUGCCGAACUCGAACAGCUUGACGUCAAGCUGGCAGCGGACUACAACAUCCAACAUACUACGCACGUGGUCACAAAAAAGCGCAAUACUUCGAAAGGCCUGCAGGCUCUAAUCAACGGAAGGUACAUCGUUGCCGACUCGUUCGUCGAUGAGAUUAUCACAGCAGGAGUGCACCCUGUAAGUGGUGAUGGUACAGCGGCAUCUGCACUGGAAGAUGACUUUGACGGGAGCUGGCCGGAUCCGUUGGAACAUCUGCCCCCUCGUGGCGGUGAACCUGUGGAGCGGCCACCAUCCGCCUACGCACCAAAUGAAAGCCGUCAGGAUAUCUUUGAGGGUUACACCUUCAUCUUCUACGACAAGGGUCAGUUCAACACUUUGUUGGCGCCAAUUACGAACGGCAAAGGCAAAGCACUAUACACUCAUGUGGACCCGAACUCAACAACAGUCGAUGACUUUAUUCUCUACGUCAAAACUGAAGCAGGUGAGAAGGGCCUUGGGUCCUUCGAAGAUGGCAGCGAAGGGCGCGGGGUGGUUGUUGUCCGAUUCGUCCCCAGUAAAGGUGAUGCAGUGGACUGGUACGCCGAUUUCUUUACUCAGGUCUCCCUCCGCUUGGACCACAGACCCAUUGAGCAGAACGAGUUCCUCGAGGCUAUCCUUAUCAAUGAUGCCAGCAUCCUGCGUCGGCCUUUGGAAGUCGACCCUACUCAAGGACCUUUGAGUACAACACACCAACAGCAGGUGAACACCGAUUCCGGCUCAAUGGAGGUUGAUCAGCCGGCGACUUCACAACGCGCCCAAGAGUCAUCCCUAGCUUCUAAAACGGCUGCUGCAAGGAGCCGAGUGCGGAGAGCAGCAACAAGGCGGUUUGCCGGUUUUGAUGCUGAUGAUGACGAAGAGACAAUGACCCCAUCGGUGACCGAAAGCGUCCCAGUCAAUGCCUCAGUCAAUGACGACCCUGACGAAGGCUUGUUUGUAUCCCAAGAAGUGCCUCAGCUAGAUGAAAAUCCGGAAUCGUUGCAAGAGGCGACCAAUAGAAGACCUCAGAGGAAGCGUCCUGCGGCUCAAGACGACAACAUUGAGGAUAUCAUUCCAACUGCCGCAGCAGUGAAACGACGACGGAUUGCUGCCGGCGAGGAAGCGGUCCCCCGUCAGAAAUCACCCGAAGCUCCGAAAGCCCCUGAGCCCAAGGCCGUACCCAAAGCUAAGAAGAUCAAAAAAGAGAUUGACGUCCUCGACGUCGCUCGCCAACAGCGUGAAGAGAUGGAGGCUCGCGCCAAGGCAGAAAAGGAAGACCUCGCCAAUCUACCCGACGACGUCGACCUAAGUGAAAUCCGCCGACUGCAAAUCGUUGAAGAGAUGCCUAUCCGUCAACCAACAGCAAACAGUAGUCACGAUCAAGAUGCCGAGAACGGUAGAUGGGAUCCGCGGUGGAAUGGACGGAAGAACUUCAAGCGCUUCAGACCACGCGGCGAACUCACGGGACGUCCUCCGCAGAAGGUCAUUGUACCCCUGACGCAGGUAAAGACGAAGGAGUUCGGCAUUGGAGACGAUUACUGGCUCGAAGACAGCCAGAGCAGGAAGAAGGGCAACGAGAGUCAGAAGAGCGGGACGAACCAAACCGAGUCCGCUGCGCCACCAGGUUCUCGGCCCGCGUCACGGCAGCAGCGCAUUGUCCUCAGCGACGACAGUGAGGAUGAUCAAGCAAUGCCCGACACUGAACCCGAGCCUGAACCCGAAUCAGAACCAGAGCCAACACCGGCGUCCCAGACGAGGAGUAACCGCGCGGCGAUGACACAAUCGACCAACACCACCCAGAGCCAGUCACAGAGGCAGACGCGGGGCAAGAGGGCGGCGCCCGCCCCGGCCAAGGAGCCUCCUGCAAAGAAGUCUCGGCCAUCCCGGAAGGCCAUUGAAGUUGCGGAUAGUGACGACAGCGACGAUGAGCUCAAGUUCAAGUUUGGCCGCAGACGAUGA